AUGUGGCCUGUCCUGGCCACAGUCCUGCUGCUGCCCCUGGUCUUCCCAGGACAGACUCAGAACCUGGAGGAAAAUCCAGCUUCUAGUUCUGUGAACUGCAGCCAGAUCCAGCCAGUUUAUGAGCUGGUAAGAAGUGUGCCAGGCCCUGGGAAUGAGGAUGGCAUGUGCCAUUGUGUGGUUCACCUGCCCGAUGGCCUCAUCUCCGUGCAGCAGCUGGAACAGCUAUGGAGUAAAGCCCAGGUGCUGAUGGACAGAUAUGAGCGGGCACUGUCCAGGGUCGGUGGCAAUGCAUGUGCCGUGGAAGGUCAUGAUCAGCAGGACCUGGAAGGAAACAGCACUCUGGAAUCCAUGCAUCCCAACAUCCUCACUUCCUCCUAUGAGACCUCAGUUUUCAACCUGCUGCACCAAGAGUUGGAGGGAGCCCAAGAGUUGAUAACCCAACUUAAGGCUAAGGGAGGAGACAGUGGAGCUGACGGCCUCCUCCACCAACUCCAGAGCCAGGUGGCUAAUACCAGUUUCACAUUCAAGCUUCUGGCUGACUCUGUCCAGAGCACCCUCCGUGUCCUCCACCAGGAGGUGGAUGUCCUUGAGGGCCAGCUGAGCCAGUGUGAGAGGGAAAAAGAGCAAGAAGAGUCCUCUCCACAUCCUGGUCUAUCCCUGCCCCCUGGUUCUUGUGCUCAUGGAGGCCUCCAAAAGGUCAGCAGACCCCUUGUGGUGCAGCUCAACUGGAGAGGCUUCUCAUACAAGGCAGGUGCCUGGGGCAGAGACUCAGCACCCAACUCAGAUUCCUCCCUCUAUUGGGUGGCCCCUUUGCGGGCAGAUGGCAGGUACUUUGACUACUACCGACUGUACAAAUCCUAUGACGACCUGGUCCUGUUGAAAAACUCUCAGGAGUGGAAGAUGGGCUAUGGUGAUGGCAGUGGCAAUACCGUGUAUAAAAACUUCAUGUACUUCAACUACUACGGCACAGCGGACAUGGCCAAGGUGGACCUUUCCUCCAACACUCUGGUGCUGCGGCGCCCUCUGCCAGCCGCCACCUACAACAACCGCUUCUCCUAUGCUGGCGUGCCUUGGAAGGACUUAGAUUUUGCUGGUGAUGAGAAGGGACUGUGGGUGCUCUAUGCCACUGAGGAGAGCAAAGGCAACCUGGUUGUGAGUCGUCUCAAUGCCAGCAGCCUAGAGGUGGAAAAAACCUGGCACACCAGCCAGUAUAAGCCAGCCCUGUCAGGGGCCUUCAUGGCUUGUGGUGUGCUCUAUGCCUUGCGCUCACUGAGCACCCGCCAGGAGGAGAUCUUCUAUGCCUUUGACACCGCCACUGGGCAGGAGCACCACAUCAGUGUUCUGUUAGAUAAGAUGCUGGAGACGUUGCAGGGCAUCAACUACUGCCCCUCAGACCGCAGGCUCUAUGUCUUCAAUGAUGGCUACCUCAUGAAUUAUGACCUCAGUUUCCUCACACUGAAGCCUAAGCAGCCAAGACCACCAGCCAAAAGGUCCUCUGGGGCUGGGGAUCCACCCAAACCCAUUAAGCCCAACAAAAUCUCUGGACCCUGA